AUGAGAUCACGGUUAUUGCAGGCAGCAGCAGCAAAGGCGGUCGCAGGAGCAGUGGCGACAAAGGCAGCGUCGACGGCAGUGAGCAUUGCGGGGGCGGCGGCCUAUAAGGCAGGGGUAGCAACGCGGCUGAAGCUGCAGGCACUGGCCAACGCGGUGCGCAGGCCGAGACCCAGACCCACUGGCACCUCGAGGCCGCCAGCCACCGGCGCCCCGCCGGUCAGCCCGGAACCCUCGCUGGCCCCCGUGCCGGAGCCCGCCCCUGGGGGUGGCGUCCCAGGCGGUGACGUUAGCGGCGGUGGUGUCAGUGGAGGCAGAGGUGGCGGAGGCAGCAGAGGUAACGGUCAGGGUGACGGAGGUCUGCUGGGUGACUUCGGAGACACGCUGGCCUUCCCUGGAGGUGAAGCUGGCUUCCAGGGCACAGGGUUCGACUUUGGAGUGGGCUUUGGCGCCGGUGAAGGUGUCGCAGAUGGAGGACAAGCGGCUGUUGGCGCACAUCCGCAGUUUUCAUUUGAUCACCUGCAAGGUGGUUUUGGAGGCAGCGAGUUUGGAUUUGGCUUUGGCUCCUACGUUCCAGCAGGUGGAGAUAUCGGAGGAGGGCACCACAUUUGGUGA